CACACUAACAACAAUAACAUUCAUCUAUAGAAAUAUAUACAUAAUAUACCUACUCGCGCAUGAAUAAUAUAUUACGUUCCUUUAUCUCUUCUCCACGUUUUUCUCCUUUUUGUUAUUGUUUGUUUUUUUUUUUUGCAUUCCCGGACAGACGGUCGCGUUGAAAGAGUAUAAUAAUAUUAUCAUCAUCUGCUGCUCGUGCCACCACCACAACACUAGUGCACUAUUAUUAAUAACAAUAAUACUAAUAUUAAUAAUAUUGUUAUUUAUUUAAUAGAAUAUCAAAUAUUAUUGUUACACAUCUCUGAUAUACGCCGCUGUCGUGUGCACAGUAUUUCCGAGUUUCCAACGUUUGUCGUCGUCUGCAGUCCAUUCGUCAUCUCAGGUAUCAUCACUGUUGUCUCAGCCAUCGCCUCACGCGUCAACCAAUACAGCCGCCAGAACAAAAGAAUAAUAAUUAUUAAUACCUACAUCGUUCAUUUGGGUUCACUGUUUAAAAUCUCUAUCAUACUAAGCACUGCUUCUGGACAACGCGUGCACUCGUGUAAACAGAUCUUUCGCGAACCUGACAUGGUCCACGACCACGUCGUUUGUCCRGCCUUCCGGGCUGCAGUCUCCCUCAUCUGAAUUAGUCAAUCGAUCGUCGUGAUCCUUGCGACCAGUUGUCGAUGCUCACUAUGGCUUGCCUGAACGUGUUGAAACAGGAGAUCAAAGUCAUCGAGUCUACGUUCCCCAAAAACCACGACCGGUUCCAGGUGCAUACAGCCACCGUUGACGAGGUAAUAUGCAAGUUUGUUGGCCCCACCGGUCGACAGUUCGAGAUCAUUGGCAACAUCACGGAAACAUAUCCCGGCACUCCACCUGUCUGGUUUGCUGAUACCGACGAUUGUAAUGUGACCAAUGCUAUCGAAAAGCUAGGUCAGACUACUGGACUCAAUAAUCAUGUCAUUAAUCAAGUUGGAAUAUUGGUUAGUGAACUGUGCCGUACAUAUUGUUUAUCUGAACCGUCCGAGUUACAAAGACUGAUACAAAUGCCUUCCAGUUCUGGGGCAUCAACUUCUACCUCCUGCUCUAGUAAACUUACAGAUGAAGAAGAUGACGACGAUGAUGAAGAAGAGGAAGUUGAAGAAUAUAUUCAACUUGAAAUGGAAGAAUCUACCCCUGAAUCUACCAAAAAACAAGUUGAUGAUAUGGAAAUUCAACACUUGGAAACUUUAGAAAGAUUACGUCAAAACCAACGCCAGGAUUACUUAAAAGGGGCUGUAACUGGAUCUGUUCAAGCUACUGAUCGUCUUAUGAAAGAGCUUAGAGAUAUAUACAGAUCUGAUAGUUUCAAGAAAGGAAUGUAUAGUGUGGAACUAGUUUGCGACAGCAUCUAUGAAUGGAAUAUAAAAUUAAUGACAGUUGAUCCAGAUUCUUCUUUAUACCAUGAUUUGCAAAAGUUAAAGGAGAAAGAAGGAAAAGACUUUGUGCUAUUAAAUAUUACAUUCAAAGAGACAUAUCCCUUUGAGCCACCAUUUGUGCGCGUAGUUCACCCCAUUAUACAAGGCGGCUAUGUCCUAGUUGGGGGUGCAAUAUGCAUGGAAUUGCUGACCAAACAAGGGUGGAGCUCAGCAUAUACCGUUGAAGCUGUAAUUAUGCAAAUAGCAGCUACUUUGGUUAAAGGAAAAGCAAGAAUACAGUUUGGUGUUCCAAAAACAAUGAACCAGGUAUCCCAUGCAACAUAUCCAGUAGGUCAGUACUCUCUAGCCAGAGCACAGCAAUCUUUUAAAUCUCUUGUGCAAAUACAUGAAAAAAAUGGUUGGUUUACCCCUCCAAAAGAAGAUGGUUAAACAAAAGUCUACACAACCUAAACUUUUCAUUCC